CUUAAACUCCUCCUUGUCAGGUGACUCAUGAAAGUGAAACUAUUACAGCGAGGUCUGUUUUGUCGUAUGAGGAAGUAAACUAAAUUAAGAGAGAAAAACACAAUGAAACCAUGGCCUCCAGAAUGAAUCUCUCUGAAGAACAUGACACACAGAUAAAGACAGUCAAGAGUCAGAUUCAGGGGCGUGAAUCAGAUUUAUCUGAACACAUGGAUGUGUCUGUGAGGAAAAACCCAGUGAUGGAUGUUUCAGAUCUCUGCAGAGAGGAAGACUCUUCUGUUGAGUCCAGUCUGUGGCAGAAUGAAUCUCCUGAACCCAGCUGUGUGUCCAUGAGGAGUGACCAGUCAAUGAAUCCUCCAUAUCAUUUCAGUUUGGGAGACACAUCUGCUGAUCUGAGUCAAAAACAUAAAGGACUGGAAUCACAUACUUCAAAGAAGAACUUAGACUUCAUUUUCAAGGAGCUUGAGCACAAAAUCAUCUCUGAGUUAAAAAGCUUUAAGAGACUACUGAGUCCAGAUUACCCAGAAUGCUCUGAACGAGACCGUAAUGUUGAUGAGGGUCAUAACAGAGUCAGAGAGGGUCUUCUGAAGAUCACACUGCUCCUCCUGAGGAAGAUGAACCAGACAGACCUCGCUGACACACUACAGACCAAACUGAUGCCUGUGUAUCAACAAAAACUCAAAUCCAGACUACAGGAUAAAUAUCAGAGACUCAGUGAAGGACUGUCCAAUCAUGGAGACUCAACACGUCUGAAUGAGAUCUACACAGAGCUCUACAUCACAGAGGGAGGCAGUGGAGAGGUCAAUAAUGAACAUGAGGUGAGACAGAUUGAGACCGUGUCCAGGAGACCAGAGACACAGGAGACACCAAUCAACUGCAAUGACAUAUUUAAACCCUCACCUGGACAAGACAAACCCAUCAGAACUGUGCUGACUAAAGGAGUCGCUGGGAUUGGAAAAACAGUCUCUGUGCAGAAGUUCAUUCUGGACUGGACUGAAGGAAAAGCCAAUCAGGACGUUCAUUUCAUAUUUCCACUUCCUUUCAGGGAGCUGAACUUGAUACAGAAACAUCUCAGCCUUGUGGAUCUUCUAAACCACCUUCACACAGAAACCAAAGAAUUAAAGUCAGCAGAUUAUGAGGACUACAAAGUCAUGUUCAUAUUUGAUGGUCUGGAUGAGAGUCGACUGCGUCUAGAUUUCAAAAACAGUCGGAGCUUGUCUGAUGUGACAGAAUCAGCUUCAGUGGAUGUGCUGCUGACCAACCUCAUCAAGGGGAACCUACUUCCUUCUGCUCUCCUCUGGAUCACCUCUCGACCAGCAGCAGCCAAUCAGAUCCCUCCUGAGUGUGUCCACCAGGUCACAGAGAUACGAGGAUUCAACGACCCUCAGAAGGAGGAAUAUUUCAGGAAGAGAAUAAAGGAUCCGAGUCUGGCUGAGAGAAUCGUCAAACACAUCCGAUCAUCAAGAAGUCUGUUCAUCAUGUGUCACAUCCCAGUCUUCUGCUGGAUUUCAGCCGCUGUUCUGGAGAGGAUGAUGGGUAAAGCAGGGAGUGCAGAGAUCCCCAAGACUCUCACACAGAUGUUCACACACUUCCUGAUCUUUCAGACCAAAGUGAAGACACAGAAGUAUGAUGGGGAAUCUGAAAUCAAUUCUGAUCAGGCUAGAAAGACUAUUCUGUCUCUAGGAAAACUGGCUUUUGAACAGCUGGAAAAAGGGAACCAGAUCUUCUAUGAGGAGGACCUGAAAGAGAGCGGCAUUGAUGUCAGAGAAGUGUCCGUGUACUCAGGAAUUUGUACCCAGAUCUUCAGAGAGGAGUCUGGACUGCAGCUGGGGAAGGUGUUCAGCUUUGUUCAUCUGAGUAUUCAGGAGUUUCUUGCUGCUUUAUUCAAGCUGCUGUCCUUUUCUGAACAAAACACAGGACUGAAGAAUGUGUUCAGGUCACCAAUGAUCAGUUUACUGAAGAGAGAAGUGGACAAGGCCUUACAGAGUGAGAACGGACACUGGGAUCUUUUCCUCCGGUUCCUUCUCGGUCUCUCUCUAGAGUCUAAUCAGACUCUCUUACAAGGUCUCCUGAGAAAGACAGUAAUCAGCUCUGAUAUCAAUCAGGAAACAGCUGCAUACAUCAAACAGAAGAUCAGGGAGAAUCCCUCUCCAGAGAAAUCCAUCAAUCUGUUCCACUGUCUGAAUGAACUGAAUGAUCGUUCACUAGAGCAGGAAGUACAAACAUUCCUGAGUGGAAGAGGUCUCAAUCGUCUCUCUGGAGUCUCUCUGUCUGCUGCUCAGUGGUCGGCUCUGGUGUUUGUGCUGUUGAACUCAGAAGAAGAGAUGGAUGAGUUUAAACUGAGGAAAUAUGAUCAAUCAGAAGAAUGUCUUCUGAGGCUGCUGCCAGUGAUCCAAGCAUCUAGAAAGGCUGAUCUUUCCAGGUGUUAUAUUACACAGAAAGGCUGGUCUGCUCUGAUUUCAGCUCUGAGAUCAAACCCCUCACGCCUGACAGAACUGAAUCUGAGUGGUAAUAAACCAGGAGACUCAGGAGUGAAGCUGCUGUCUGCUCUACUGGAGGAUCCACACUGUAAACUGGAGAAACUACGGCUGAUUAACUGCAGUAUUGGAGAGGAAGGCUGUGCUGCUCUGAUUUCAGCUCUGAGAUCAAACCCCUCACACCUGACAGAACUGGAUCUGAGCUAUAAUAAACCAGGAGACUCAGGAGUGAAGCUGCUCUCUGCUCUACUGGAGGAUCCACACUGUAAACUGGAGAAACUAGAGCUGAGUAACUGCAGUAUUGGAGAGGAAGGCUGUGCUGCUCUGAUUUCAGCCCUGAGAUCAAACUCCUCACACCUGACAGAACUGGAUCUGAGCCGUAAUAAACCGGGAGACUCAGGAGUGAAGCUGCUCUCUGUUCUACUAGAGGAUCCACACUGUAAACUGGAGAAACUAUGGCUGUGUGACUGCAGUAUUGGAGAGAAAGGCUGUGCUGUUCUGAUCUCAGCUCUGAGAUCAAACCCCUCACAUCUGACAGAACUGGAUCUGAGCUGUAAUAAACCAGGAGACUCGGGAGUGAAGCUGCUCUCAGCUCUUCUGGAGGAUCCACAAUGUAAACUAGAGAAACUAUGGCUGAGGAGCUGCAGUAUUGGAGAAAAAGGCUGUGCUGCUCUGAUUUUAGCUCUGAGAUCAAACUCCCCACACCCGACAGAACUGAAUCUGAGAUGUAAUGAACCAGGAGACUCAGGAGUGAAGCUGCUCUCUGCUCUACUGGAGGAUCCACACUGUAAACUGAAGAAACUACAGCGUCAAAAACCGAAGCAUGGUCAAGCGCCCCUAGCGUCACUUUUAUGACGCCAAAUGUGCCUCUCGGCAUCGAAAUAUCGACGCCCUACGACCUUCAUUACUUUCA